AUGCCCUUGUGGCCAGUACCUUCGCUGUUGGACUUGGGAGUCGAUCUUGCACCUUGUUCCCAGAAACGCACUAACCAGAUCGGGAUUAGCGAAGCCAUGGCCCGUCAUCCGCACACCAAGGCAAGGGCGGCAACAAGGGGAUGUCACAAGCGCAUCAUUGCGCAGUAGUAGCGGAAAUUACCUCCCCUGCAUCGGCUGCAUGAUGGCAUGUUUGCCGUGACGACUUGGGGACGAGAACAUCCGAAUUUGCUCUUCGCUGCCAUUCUGCAUUGCCAACUGAACGCCAAACGCCGCGAUGAACGGCCAUUUUGCGGGGGUCGGCGACGGGCCGACUGCUAAGCAGUACGAGCAUGGCAUCCAGGUCAUCGACGAGGAUAAAUCAUUCAACACGAACCUCAAUGACUACCUCAACGAGACUCGGGUCGCCGAGGCCGGGUUCAACUACCACCUGGUCUCGGUCUUCGGAUCGCAGUCGACGGGCAAGUCGACUCUGCUCAACCAUCUGUUCAAAACCGAGUUCAACGUCAUGUCCGAGACGGAACGCCGCCAGACGACCAAGGGAAUAUGGAUGUCCAAAAACAAGAGGGCGGGCGCAAAUGGCGACGCUCCCACGAUGGCUGACAACAUCCUGGUCAUGGAUGUCGAGGGCACCGACGGUCGCGAGCGUGGCGAGGACCAGGACUUCGAGCGCAAGAGCGCGCUGUUUGCCCUGGCCACGAGCGAGGUUCUGAUUGUCAACAUCUGGGAGCACCAGGUCGGCCUGUACCAGGGCGCAAAUAUGGGCCUGCUGAAGACCGUGUUCGAGGUCAACCUACAACUGUUCCUGAAGGACAGGCAAUCCCAGACGCGGUCUCUCUUGUUCUUCGUCAUCCGGGACCACAUCGGAAAUACCCCCUUAGCUAACCUGCGAGACACCUUGAUCCAGGAUCUGACUAGGAUUUGGUCCUCGAUCUCCAAACCUCAGGGGCUCGAGAACUCCACGAUCGAAGACUACUUCGACUUCGCUUUUGCUGCACUGCCACACAAAAUUCUCCAACCAGACAAAUUCAUCGAGGAGGUUGACAGAUUGAGUACCCGCUUUACCCCUGGCCACCGCUCCGCGAAGGACCAAGAGUAUGUAGGCGGCGUCUUCCUCCCCGAAUACCACAGGAGGAUACCCGCCGAUGGCCUGUCUGUCUACGCAGAAGGCGUAUGGGAUCAGAUCGUCAACAACAAAGACCUCGACCUGCCCACCCAGCAAGAACUCCUGGCGCAGUUUCGCUGCGACGAGAUCUCGCGCGAAGUCCUCGUCGGAUUUGACGCCGUCAUCACCCCGCUCGAGGAGCAGCAAGCGGAAGGAAUCCGCAUCGGCAAACCCACUGUCCUCCCCGACCUGGGCGCCACCGGCGCGGGCGCGAGGGAGAAGUGUAUCAAUGCGUUCGAGACGCAGGCUAGCCGGUAUCACAAGGGAGUGUACGCGACGAAGCGGGGCGAGCUCGAGAGCAACAUCGACGCGCGGCUGAAGACGCUGUACCAGGGCCAGCUGACGGCGGCGCACAAGGCCGGCGUGGCGGCGUUCAGCGAGGCUGUCGCGGCCGCGGUGAAGGCCGGGCAGAAGGCCGGCGGCGCGUACGAGUUUGCCGAAAUUGUGGACAAGCAGAAGAAGAAGACGCUCGAGAUCUUUAAAAAGGAGGCGCAGAGCCUGUUGAUCCAGGGCGUGGCGUGGACGAACUUCAAGCCGCAGUAUCGGCUUUUCGAGAAGGAGCUUGACGAGGUCAGCGCGCGGCUGCGCAAGGAAGAAAUGAGGCGGUUGGCGAUCCGGGUCGAGCGCUGGGUCAAGUCUAGACUUGGCGAUGCCAUUGGCCUCGAAUUCAACAAGCUUGGAUCCGGUAGGGGCGGGUCCGGGGCGCCCGAGACGGGUGAGAAGCCGGCCACGGAAAAAGAUCUGUGGGACCGUGUCUGGAAGGCCUUCAUUGACAUCGUCAGAGAGGCCGAAACCCGGUUUGUCGACAGGGCGAAGAGCUUCGAGGCGAGCCCCGAAGAGGUUGAGGUUGGUCUCUGGCGGCUGCGGCGUAAGGCCUGGGUGACGCUCAGGGAGAAGAUCGAAGAGGAGAUGAUGGAGAGCAACAUCCUCAUGAAGCUCCGUGAGAAUUUCGAGGACAAGUUCCGCUACGACGAUGAGGGCGUUCCCCGGAUCUGGCGCCCCUCGGACGAUAUCGAAGGCGUCUACACUCGGGCUCGCGAGUCUACGCUGGCCCUGAUUCCGCUGCUGUCGAGGUUCAGGGUUUCCGAGACGUACGCUCCGCCGGACCUGCCGGGCUUCAUUGGUGCCCAGCCUGCUGGCGUCGAGUCCGAGGACGAGGAGGAUCUCGUUCCCAUUGGCGGCGUGGACGAGGAGGAGGGCAAGAGUCUCGAGGAGGAGAUGACGGUCCUUAGCGAGAGCAAGCGGCAGGACCUGGUGGUUAGGUUCAAGAAGAUGGCUGAUGGAGUGUAUGUGGAGGCGAAGCGGAGCGCGAUCGGAGGCAUCACCCAGGUGCCGCUCUACUUCUACGUGGUUCUCCUCGUCCUCGGGUGGAACGAGAUUGUUAUGGUCUUGCGCAACCCUGUGCUGUUUAUGCUCAUCCUGGUUAUGGGUGGCGGUACUUACGUGGCCUACACUCUCAACCUCCUCGGCCCAAUGAUGCAGAUGGCGAACGCGGCUUCCAACCAGGCCGUUGAGAUAGGCAAGGAGAAGCUGCGUGACUUCCUGGAGAGCAACCAGACAGUCAGACAAGCCAUUGCCAUGCCGGCCAAGCAGGGCGGUUCCAUCAGCAUGGACAGGCUGGAUAGUCGGGGGAAGAAGGCGCAGGAGACGGAGGACGACGAUGACAUUUAGACAAGAUUGGCACAUAGUGUAACGGGGCCACGCCGGUUUCUUGGGAUGUAUUGUUUUACUCGUUGUUGCAUAGCUACAUAGG